UCUGUAUCACUACGUGACUUGCGAAGUGCUUUCAAUAUAUUUUUGUAGAGUUCUAUCAUGACUUCAAUACGCAAAAAACUAGUUGUAGUGGGCGAUGGGGCAUGUGGCAAGACAUGUCUAUUAACCGUUUAUUGUCAAGACAAUUUCCCAUUGGAUUAUGUUGCGACAGUAUUUGAAACAUAUGUAGCGGAUGUAGAAGUAGAAGGAUCAAAGGUGGAAUUGGCGCUGUGGGAUACGGCUGGCCAGGAAGAUUAUGAUCGAUUGCGAUUGCUAAGCUAUCCGGAUACUGAUGUUAUUGUCAUGUGCUUCUCGAUAGAUCAGCCCUACUCUUUGGACAAUAUUCAAGAUAAAUGGAUACCAGAGGUAAAACAUUUCUGCCCAAAUGUUCCCAUUAUUUUGGUUGGCAACAAAAGCGACUUGCGCAACGAUCCGCAAACUAUCGAGGAACUGUCUCUGCUAAAGCUGCAACCCAUCAAAUCAGAGGAUGGUAGGACCAUGGCCGAGAUUAUCAAUGCCUAUGCAUAUCUUGAAUGCUCCGCCAAAAUGCAGGAGGGUGUUCGCGAAGUUUUUGAAACAGCCACGCGAGUUUCCUUGCAGGUCAACAACAGCGCGAAGAGAACGAGUUGUUUUGAUUUCCCAUGUAAAUUGCUAUAACACAAUAUUUAUCAUACCAUUAGUGUAACGCUUACUUUUUGAUUAUAAAACCUUUCGAUUUUGUUAUAUUUCAAGAAUAAGUACGUUCACUUCCGCGUGUAAUUAUUUAAUAUUAUCUACUUCAAUUUCAAUUUGCUGUACAAAUUUCGUUCGAUUUAUUAUAAACAGACUGGAAAAGAAUGUGAAUUAUGAUAAAUAUAUUUUUUAGUUAAUUGAUUA